AUGGCGAUUCAGCCCACCAUCCAACACACAACUAUAUGGAGAUGGCUCUGGACGUUGAGCUCUUUGUCAGGAGUCAUCGACUCGGGCGCGAAAACCGCUUUAACUCUUGCUCUGCAUUUACCAGAUUUGAUAUCCAAAGUCAUUGCCGUUGAUAAUGGACCGGUACACCUGCCAUUGUCCGAGGAUUUCCCAAGAUAUCUGAAAGGAAUGGCUGAGAUCAAGAAUGCUCAGGUCAAGACGCAUCUUGAGGCAGAUAUGAUUUUGCGGAACUACGCGGAGGCACGUUCUCCAUUUCUUCUCCUAUUUACACGAGGCUUUGUUCUAAUUGCAUAG